AUGUUGCCAUUUUCAUACGGGCCCGUUUUUCGUAACCGUUCGUUUACGAGUUCGAUAACGAUUCAUCACGUAAUUAUCACGUUACGCCACGCCAUUGGACGAGAAUUAAUUUCGUCGAGUGCAAGGGGGGGAACGCAGCAAGUGAAGGAGGAGGAUCUGAUCGAUCCGUAUUGCGUCGAGGAUAAUCCUCAGACGAUCCCUUUCAAGAACGUCACGUCGGCCGCUUUCAAGAUCAAAUACGACAUCGUCAAUACACCAUGCGUGAAAUCGCGGCUGUCGGAUACGAUCGGCGUGGAUCUGUACCUGAAGAAGGAUUUCCUCCAAGUAACCGGAAGCUUCAAGGAGCGAGGGGCGAGGUACGCCCUGAUGAUGCUGACCGACGAACAGAAGAAGCUCGGCGUGGUCUCGGCCUCGUGCGGUAACCACGCCGCGGCAAUCUCUUAUCACGGGUACAAGCUCGGUAUACCGGUGACCGUGGUGAUGCCCGUGAUUGCGCCUGUCAUCAAGAUCAUCGCCUGUCGCCAAUACGGCGCGAACGUGAUCAUCCAUGGCCCCGAUAUGGAAGAGGCGAGGCGUACCGCGCUCAGAACGGGCAAGGAGAAAGGGAUGGUGUACAUAAAUGGAUACGAUCACCCGGACAUUGUGGCGGGACAAGGGACGCUCGGGCUCGAGAUCGUGGAACAGGUGCCCAACAUAGACGCUGUGGUGAUUCCGAUCGGAGGGGGUGGUUUGAUCGCGGGCGUAGCGCUUGCGGUGAAAAGCCUUCAUCCCGGUGUAAUGAUUGUCGGCGUUGAGUCGGAAACGUGUCCAAGUUUCUACAAGGCAAGGAAAGCGGGUCGACCGACGUACACACCCACAGGUCCGACACUGGCCGAGGGCCUUGCCGUCCCCGUGGUUGGAUACAACGCCUUUGCGACCGCGAAUCCGUUGAUCGACAAAGUGGUGGUGGUGAGGGAGGAUUGGAUCGCCGUCGCGAUCUUGAAACUGCUCGAGGACGAGAAGUGCAUCGUCGAGGGGGCCGGUGCUAUUGGCUUGGCCGCCAUCUUGGCCGGUCAGCUGGAAGAAUUGAAAGGGAAAAGAGUGGUGCUGCCUCUGUCCGGCGGAAACAUCGGCACAUCGGUCCUCGUCAGGUGUUUGGAAAGGGGAUUGGCGGUGGAAGGCCGGCUUUUGAAGUUCACAGUGACCGUAUCCGAUCGACCGGACGAAAUCGCGGAGCUUUGCAGAAUGCUGGCGAGCAUGGAUGCCUCGAUAAAGGACAUCAUGUACGAGCGGAGUUGGAUCAUGACGGACUUCUUCAGCGUGGACGUGAGAGUGGUCUGCGAGACCAGGAAUCGGGAACAAACGGAACAAUUGAAGAAGAUGCUGUAUCAGAAAUAUCAGAGGAUUACGUUCGCCCCUAGCGACGUGGCAGCUCUGACUUCGCAUUAA